UGGAGCGCCACCUCUGAAUUUGAAAGCAGUAGCCACAGGACCAAAUUCGAUCAAAGUGACAUGGGAGCCUCCACGUCUGGAACUAUGGAACGGUUCAAUUAAAGGAUACUAUAUCGGUUAUACGUUGGUAACAUCAUCAGAUCCUGUGAUGUACAAGACUGUCGAACUGAAAGGUAAAACCAUGGACCUGGAAUCUCACUUGACAAAUCUGCGUCGUUCUCAGUUGUAUUCUGUGUCGGUCCAGGCGUUCAAUAAUAAAGGACCUGGACCAACGUCCGAGAGGGUGACCGUCAAGACCCUUGCUGAUGUACCUCCUACGGCGCCACAAUUGAAAGUUGUUUCGACCACAGCGACAUCUAUCACCUUUAGUUGGAGUCAUCGAAGAACAUUUGGUAGCCCAGUGACCGAUUAUGUGCUGUAUUAUCGAGAAGAAAGCAAGAACUGGGUCGAGAAUACAGUAAAAUCAAAGCUUACAGAUCAGACCUACACGCUCGGUGGACUUGAAUGUGGCACGAGGUAUAAAUUAUACAUGGUGUCAACCAAUAGCGUAGGUCGAAGUGAACCAAGUGAGAUGAUAUCGGUGCGGACAGAUGGCGCUGCUCCUUUAUCUCCGACGAAAGAAGAUUUUAUACAGCGAGACGUCACUUCUGUGAGGCUGAAUUUAUUCUCUUGGGAAACUGGUGGCUGUUUAAUCAAAGAAUAUUCCAUAAAGAUCCGGAGGAAACCCAUGUCUCAUUGGACAAUACUGAAUGAUCACGUGCCUUCUAACCAAUCACAAUAUGUGUUACAGCGUUUAACACCAGGAACUUGGUAUGACCUUCAAGUGACCGUUUACAGCAGCGCAGGUGCAACUGAAGCUAUGUAUGAAUUCCAAACAUUUAACGUAACAUUUGAAGCUGUUCCAGAUUUGUAUACGGUCGUGCCUAAGCCUGCACAGAUGGAGUCUCAUUUCCCUCUUCUUCUGGACUUCACGAUCAUCGUCCCUAUUGUUACGUCUGUUGUCAUCGUGAUUAUUAUUAUCAUCGUUGGAUGUGUCUUAUAUCGGCGUCGUAAUUCUCAUUAUAGCCCCAGCAGUGAUGGGUCUGGAAGCUCCAAGAUAAGGCGAGGAAUGGAAACACUGGUUUUGAAAGAAAUAGAUGGCUCGAAUGAGCAAGGUUGUUUGGCUACAGGAGUGUCAAGUGACGAAGGAACACAGAGAUCGUCAUCGUCAAAUAGCCACUCACGUCAAGUUUUAGCUGGCCUACCACAAGAACAGGAGCUUCACCCCUAUGCUCUGCCCUAUGAUACCAUAACUGUACCCGAUUACCAAGUUAGUCCACCAAGUACCUCUACGCAGAACACUCUCAACCGACUGUGGGGAGAUGCGAAGGGAGACAACAUCUAUGUCAGUAGGCAG